GCGCGGCAUCCAUCGCUCGGCGCUGCCGGGAGGCGGCGAAUCGGGCUCUCGGAGCUCGCGGGCCGGGCUGGCGGCUCCGGCAUGGCGGGGUUCGUCAACUUCGAGGACGAGGAGGAGGUGCGGGCCUACCUGGAGAACCUGCACGUGGAGUACAGCUACCAGUGCUUCAAGGAGAAGGACCCGGAGGGCUGCCAGAGCCUCGCCGACUACCUGGAGGCCGUGAAGAAGGACUUCGCGGCGGCGGCGCGGGUGCUGCGCGACAACUGCGAGGGGCACGGGCACAGCGAGAGCUGCUACAAGCUGGGGGCCUACCAGGCGGUCGGCAAAGGUGGACUCAACCCAGACUUGAAAGCUGCCUACAACUCUUUUAUGAAGUCAUGUGAGAAAGAAGGGAAGAAGUCAGCCAACGCGUGCCAUAACGUCGGGCUGUUGGCCCAUGAUGGGAGAAUAAACGAUGAUAAACCUGACCCUGUUGUCGCUAGAGACUAUUACACAAAAGCCUGUGAUGGCAACUUUGCUCCUAGCUGCUUCAACCUCAGUGUUAUAUACCUCCAAGGAGCACCUGGGGUCCCUAAGGACAUGAACCAUGCUCUGAAGUACUCCCUGAAAGGGUGUGAGCUGGGUCACAUAUGGGCCUGUGCCAACGCCAGUCGAAUGUACAAACUGGGAGAUGGCAUUGAGAAGAAUGAUGCUAAGGCAGAGGAUUUGAAAAACAGGGCAAAAAAGUUGCAUAGAGAACAGAAAGAAGCCCCACAUUCUUUCGUAUUUGGGGAGUAAGGCUGUCAGGUGCAGUUACUAAGACUGCAGUUUUAAAUGGCAAGUGAACUUGUUAUUUAAAUGGUGAGCAUACAGUUUUUGCUUACAACAAAGAAAUAUCCUGUAAGUAUUUGCAUAUGCAAAUAAACAUAUUUUUGUGGAUUUAAAAAA